UUACACAAAGACACACAACAAGAUAAAGAGACAAUCAGGACUUUGCUCUUUAGUUUUGUGGGGGUUUUGCAGUGUUGUGGGAGGGAAUUUACAAAACCCAAACAAAGUAAAUCAGUUGGACCCAGAGGGGCUGAGAGGAUGCAGAGAGCGGCGAGUCUGGUGUCUCUGCUGGUCCUGAGUGCGGCCUGGAUCCUGCAAGCGGUCCACGUGCUGUCAGAACCUCUCAUACAGGAGAACUUUGAUCUUGGCCGGUUCAUGGGGAAGUGGUAUGAGUUAGCAGUGGUUUCUACUUGUCCUCACUACAUGCAGCGCAAGAGGGGAAACCCCGUCAUUGUUGCACUGGAGCUGCAACAUGUUGCUACUGAGGGCAACUUCACAAUGACAGCCGCUACUUUCAGGAAUAGCUCAUGUAAGCAGACGUCCACAGAUUAUGGUUUGACCAAGACUCCAGGACGAUUCUUCCACCAUGUUGCAAGGUUCGGAGCAGACGUUGAUUCCUUCGUGGUUCAUUCCAAUUAUGAUGAGUAUGCAAUGAUGCUUCUGCUGAGCACAGAGAAACCCUCAGGGAUUAAAACCACCACAGUCAAGCUUUAUGGUCGAACUAUGAGUGUGAGGACCGCUGUGCUGGAUGAAUUCAAAACGGUGGUCAGACAAUAUGGAGUGACUGAUGAUGCUAUCGUCAUGAAUCAGAAUAAAGGUGACACACACACUUAUGCUGAUGUUACCUGGUCCUCCCUAAAACCAUCCCGUGAGUGUGUUCCUGGUGAGCAGAUGACAAUGCCUGUCACUACUGAGCCUCAGGUUUUUGUUCCCAAGAGGUGGGAAAAAAACACAGUGCCACCUGCGGUUUCUCCACAAGAGAAGUACACUGGUAAUGUUUAACCAGGGUGAGAGAUCAUGUGGAAUAACUGAAGAGGAGGAUUAUUGCACAAACCAGACUAUCAUGUGGUCACACUAAUGCAGAGUGUAAAAAACAUUGUUCUCAAUUGAUUAAACCAGAGCUCUUCAACAGGGGGUCCUCAGAGUUACUGCAGGGGGGCCGCCAAAUUAUUGUUAAUUUUUAAGUUAAGUUUUUUCAGUACAGAAAAAUACUUUGCAGAUCUACUGUAUAACGUGAGACUGGUGCGUCGGAGGGGGAUAAGUAGGUCAAACGUUGCAAAGAAACUCCCGCACACUGCCUAACUUGCA